CUCAAACAGGACAUUUCCCGUAUGGAGCUUAUAAUUUAUGGGAUUCAAUUUACACGCACAAUCAAAACAUUGCCUUGGGAUUAGAGGAAAGGCGUAGUGUAACAUGUGUCAAGGAUAAUACUUAAUUAUGUAUUUAAUUACUUUACUUAGUGGUUAGGUGGUUCCUACAUCACAGGCUACGUGAGUUAGUGAUAGCUUUUCUGUUGUACAAUUGGGUAUUUAAUCCCUACUCAACUUCUAAUAAACAAUCAAGUAUCCAAUCCUUCUCAUGGUAUCAGAGCUAAACCUCAGAUCCCUUAAUCACUAAAACCUCCUCUCUCCUCUUUCUUUUCCCGACCUCUCACCCUUCUGUUUCUUUUUCCAGAGACUCUUUUCUCUCUUCUUCUUCCCCUAUCCCUCUGCUUUUCCUCUCCGCCCUCCGUCCAAAACAUCCUUCCCCAUACUUCCCAUCAAUCCCAAUCUCCCACCUUUCUUCCCUCACCUUUUGGCCCACGCCCAGCCGCCGUCGUCUUCCAACGCCGGUAAAGCUCGCCGCUGACACCUUCCCUCUUUCCCUUCUUCCUAUCGCCACUAUGUCUCAAAAUUAUGGCGAGUCGGUGCUUAACAUCAAUGACACCAACACCAUCAUCACCCUUAAUCCUGCCUCACAACUGCCCACCAAGUUAACUGGCGAUAAUUUCCCCACAUGGAGAGCACAGCUCUUUACUCUUCUCCGAGGCCUUGAUCUCCUCAAAUUUCUUGAUGGUUCUCAUCCUGCUCCAGCCGCCACUGCCGAGGCAUCUGUUCGCACUCUCUGGUUUCGUCAGGAUCAACUUCUCCUUCAUGCUAUUCAUGCCUCUAUAUCUCCCUCUGUUGCGCCCUAUGUAUCUGCCGCUACCUCUUCUCAUGAUGCCUGGACGACAUUGGAGCGCCUCUUUGCCAGUCAGUCCCGCCAGCGUGUCAUUCACCUCAAACAGAAGCUUGGCCGUGAAACUCUUGGCAAUCGCCCGGUGGCUGUCUACCUUCAGGUCAUGCGCACCACAGCGGCUGAACUCGACCUAAUUAAUGCCCCGGUGUCAAACGAAGACUUGAUUCUGUAUGUUCUGUGUGGUCUCCCUGAAGCCUAUGAUCAUCUCUCGGCUGCCAUUCGGGCACGUGAUACGCCCAUUCGCUUUGAGGAUUUACAUGACCGUCUUGUUGAUUUUGAAACUGAUCUGGCUUCGGUGCGCCUCAACCCGCAAUCAGCCCCGACCACUGCCUUCUCCUCUGCUCGCGGCUAUCCUGGGUCCUCUGGUUCUUUCUCCCGUGGGCUGCCUGGUCACCGUGGUUAUUCCAGUCCUGCCCGUCGCAAUUCCAGUCCUCGUCAGCAUCGGGGUUAUUCUCCAGCUCGCGGCAGCCAUGGUUUUUCUGGUAACUCUUCUGCUCCUUCUCUAUUGGGCCGCCCACAACUUGUUUGUCAGUUUUGUGACCGCUCGGGCCAUUCCGCAAAAGAAUGUUAUCGUCUUCAAGGCCGCGCUCAAGCUCAUCAUACCGUGGCCUCCAGUUCUGUUCCCUCGGUUCCGGGUGGUUGGCUAGUUGACUCUGCUGCCACCAACCACAUGACACCGGAUCUCGGCAAUCUCUCUCUCUACACGGAUUAUAACGGUCCGGACGCGGUUCUCAUUGGCGAUGGGUCAGGACCUAGCCACGGGGGCGCAGCUGCUAAGAGGCCAGAAUAAAGGAGAUGUCUAUGAGCUUCCGGCAGAGGCCUCGCCUGUUCGUCUAGCCUUGUCUGCUUCUCGCACAUCCUCUGCUGUGUGGCACAAGCGCUUGGGCCAUCCUCAUUACAAAUUGCUUUCUCGUGUUCUUCGUAAUGAAUCCCUUCCUGUUAUAUCUUCAUCCUCUCUAUCUUCCUGUGUUUCUUGUUCUCUUCAUAAGAGCCAUAAACUACCAUUUUCUGU